AGAAGCAGUUUUGCCAUGCAUAAUACCGGAGUUACUCAAGGCUGACGACGUCUACAGUGGAGAAAAUGUCGUCGCUAUUGACAUUCGUGGCAUGGGGUAUUGGACAAGCCAAACCAGAUAUGACGGCCAGCUGCUCAUUUUUGGAGGCUGCACAGAAGUUGACGGUCAUCCUGGAAUCUUGUCAGUCUGACAGCCAGUUGUCAUUGUGCAUCCUCACCUCAUUGUCCAUGCUGCUGCUUAACUGGAAACGGCCACUUCAAGACGACAUGGGAACCGUGACUCGUCUUGCAAGCAGCAGCACAUCACCACUGGUCAAGCAGAGAUCACAGGAGCUCCUUAACUGGAAUAAGCUCCUUCAGCAGAAAUGCAGCUCCUUGGAUAUGGAGGCCAUGGAAAUGAAGAUGUCAAAGUUGACACUACACUGUCCUUUUUGGACGGCUAUGUGUGCAAAGCUCUUGAGGCAGGUGCAGUGCCUUACAAGCCUCGAGUUUUCGCUGCGGUGACCUUAGAAGAUGUGAGGGCGGCAGCUACCGCUGGGUCCACUUUGGAUGUUAGUGGCUGUUCAGUAUCAGACAUGGAUAUUUUGUCUCCAGAUUGCCUUUCAUUCACAUCUGAUGUGCCUAUGGCUGAGAGCUCUGCAAAUACAAGCCCAUGGUCAGCAACGGGCCGGAGAAAAAGUGAGAGCAUAGAGCAGAAAUAUGCCACACUUGAAAGCAGAAGCGUUGAUUCUUCCAAACAGGAGGAUGUGGAACUAAUGAAGGCACUUUUCUCACCUGUAUCUAGUGCAAAAGCAGUAAAAGCUGAUUUAGUAAUUUCUCCAGACUCUGAAAAUGUUGAAGUGGCAUCAUCCUCGCCUCUGCAACAACAUAAGGCAACUGUGUCUAAAAGUGCGGAGCUCUGGGGAAUUGAGCUGAAACGGCACAGCUGAUGCACAACAAAAAACUGUGUAAAAAUCUGCUGUGACCCUGUAAUAUAGCA